ACCACAAUUCCCAAGAUGCAUUUGAAAUUACCGUGGCCACUGGACGGGGGAAGGGAAGCUGAGAUUGGAGGGAGAAACAAUCAGAAACUGAGUUUUUCAGAUAUUGUGUACAUAUGACAGCCCUUCCUCAGGACUCUGACCAUACAAGAACCCCAUCCAUGAUCCACAUCUCACCGGACACCUGCAGUUCUUACUCUGGACGUGUGUUGCAGUUUCAUGUGAGGCUGAAGACAUAACACAGCUCUGAUGUAUGUAGUAAAUUAAACUGUACUGGUAGCUCUGAGUGCUCAUUGGAUUUGUCUUGAGUGCCAAAGUGAUGAAGCGUCUUGGACGGGGAGAGCCCAGCCCUGAAAAGCAAUGUCAUUAUCCAGCUUCUGUGCACCUCUGAUGAGGCUGAGGAGUAAACCCAGUGGCCAAGCAGAUCUGUGGAGGAGAGGAAGGAGGGAGGUUUCCAGGAAACGUGUAUAUUGAUGGAUAGCCAUUUCCUCCAGUCAGCUCUUGUAGACUGAUACCUGCACAUUGCUCUCCGUGUACACACUCAAGGUUAGACUUUUGAAGUAGCCAACAAAACCAGGCUGCCGUCAAAACCACACAAUCGUCGGUAUCACACAGAAAAAAGAGAAUAUGAUGUGUGCAACAUGGAUUUCUAUUGCCAGUGACAGUUUUGUGAAAUCAAACUGGUGACUGUGGACACUAGGUUCUCUGUGUAUAUGAGGAAAAAAAGAGGAAAAGCAUAGAUACUCGCAGUCACUACACAUGUGCACUACAGAAACCAUGGUGGUCCUUGCAGCAGCUCAUCAGCCCAUUUCAGUCCGUGAUUUCAGAAGCCUUUAGAGGCCAGGAUCAGGAACACGCUCGCCAGCCAACACACUCAUAUGCAAUGGAAGAAGACAUUGAUGUCACAUCCCACCCUGAGGGCCUGAACGGUUUGUCCCAUGAAUGUAAACCAUUAGAGGAGAUCACCAAUGGACACUCCAACCAUAAGCCUGUCAUGAAUGGACUGAUUAUCGGUCAUAAUGUCAAAGACAACACCAACGGCAGCGCACCGCUCAGAUCCCUGCCGAUUUCAGCACUGAAGCAGAAUGGUCUUCUGCAGACACUGGCAGCCGGAGGGGACCAGCUGAAGCCUGCAGAAGAAGAUGUAGAGUUGGAAAAGGCCAGACAGGAGUGGGAAGCUCUGGAGAACAUCCAACCAGCUCUCACAGAGGACUCAAACCCAACCCCGCUCAUCUCCUUCAAUGAAGCCCUGCAGUACUUCCAGACCACAGACCUCGGGGACUUGCUAAAGAACAUCCAGCCAACCAUUCGCAGGACAGGACUCGCUGCAAUCACACACUUCCUCUUUGGACCGCCACGACUGCACAGGGAACUCCUGGAGGAGAGGGAUCUGGUCUUUGCCAUCGCACAGUGCCAUGUGGACAACAGCCAGACAGUCCACAUGCGUGUUCUCCAGACCAUUUAUAAGAGGCUGCUUGGCAGCAGGCUGGACUGUCCUCGCUUUGGGACGCACUGGGAAAACAUCGGCUUUCAGGGUACAGAUCCAGCCACUGACCUCCGUGGCACUGGUUUCCUGGGACUGAUGCAUACUCUGUACUUUGUGAUGGAUCCAGAGACUCUACCAUUGGCUAGAGACAUCUACAAGUUAUCACAACACCCUACACAGAACUUUCCAUUCAGUGUGAUGUCAAUCAACAUGACCCGCAUCGCUCUGCAAGUACUCAGAGAGGAAGCCUUGUCCAAGGAGUGCAAUCGUCGUCAGCAAGUGGUCGGUGUGUUGAAUGAGUUCUACGUUGCCACGUAUCUGCACCUGUACCAACUGUGGAAGACCCAACAGAAGACCAUUGCUGACUCUGGCUUUGUACUAAAAGAAGUGGAGCUGUUUGCCAAAAAGAACCCCAAGCAGAUGCUGCGCCGACUAGAGGUCUUCCUGAAAGAGAGGCGGGCAGGUGGAAUCCCCCGUGGGACGUCGCCAGACCCUCAGGCCCAACAGCACUCUCCUAGCCUGGGCGAACGCAGGGCCAGAGCCGGGACGGGACAGGGAAGCAAGGGAAAGGAGAUGCACUUCACAGGAGUGUGUGAUCUACCGCCAGACAUGGAGGGAGAGGCCAGACUCAUCUAAGCUAGACUCUGUCUGUGUGUGUGUGUGUGUGUGUAUGUGUGCGUGUGUAUGUGUGUGUGUUUGUGUGAGUGAGUGCUCUUGGGUGUGUGUGAGCAAUCCUGUUUGUGAGUGGCUUACUUUCAGAGAGCUAGAAGAAGAACCCACCAGACCCUGAUCUAGGACCUGCUGUCUGAACCUAUUCAAACAUUUCGGCUCCUUCCACUGAUGCUGGAGUGCUGCACUUUGAUCAGAUUAAGCUUGGGGGUCUUUCAGAGUUAUAUGGUUUUUUUGGGUGGGGGGCGGGUGUUGUAAUUAAUUUACUUCUCUUAAGAGAGAACAGUCAAAUUUAGAGCUGAAGCAGGUCAGAAACACAAGAUGUCACAAAACACCAAGAAAGUGAAUGUUUGCACUUUGCUGUGUGCAUUUAGUAGCCAAAUCAAUAGCUGCCAUGUUCUUGUGAUUAGAUUCUGCCUGCCUAGAAGUCCACGAUGUACACGAUAUGUCUCUAGGAUCUCUCAGCCAGGGUGUGUUAGCAAUGCAGAGGCAGGAGCGUGGCAUGGAACGGCUUUUUUUUUUUUUUAAAGGGUCGGUGUUCGCUCCUACUCCAAGAAACUGCUCCAUCACACGAGCAUGCUAACGACCUGUAAUGCAGUGGAAGAGCGUCAUCAUCAGGCAUAUUAUCAAACACUCUGUUAACUUUAGGGUGGUUAGAAAAAAAAAAAGUAACCAGUUUCAAGCCCCGCUAUGGAGCGAACAAGAGCAGGUUUCCUCUCAGCUUGAGUGGAGAGCAGAGAGCAGAAAUCACCAGUAGACGCCGUUCUCUCUUACAGAUCAGGCUUCAAAUGCAGGUUGCUUUGAAGGUCUGAUCACUUUGCAUUCUCUAUUAGAGCAUGAAAGAAGUAAAUGUCGUGAAAGAUGUUAAAAAAAGUGCAAGAAAGGGCCCUCCUGUCCAGGUGUGCGACAGCAAAGCCAGUUGUUGGUGUCAGUUGACAGCGGUCUGAUAGACUAGGUCCAGAGCUCCCUCUUAACAUGGGGGGAUAUAUUUUAAAUAAUUUUAAAAAUAACUAUUUUAGUCCUUUCCGAAGGGACAGCCGUCAUAACUUCAUAGUUAUGUAUAAAAGCACUUCAGAACUUUGUUAUUAAACUGAUGGCUGAGUGACCGUGAGAGGGAGUUUUAACACUGUUAAAUUCCACCAGAACAUCUGAAAAAGACUCGUGAACAUUCUCAGCUUUUCGUGGUUAAAGCCAAGAAGAUACUUCAUAACAGAGUCUGUGUGCUUGGUGUGGUCCCGGCUUAAGUCGAAGGUCUGGUAUGAGCUUUCUCUACAUUCCGUUAUAAAGCAUGUGAUUGUAAUUUUUUUUUUUUUUUUGACCAGUUAAAAAUUUAUUCCAGUGUGUGUGUGUGUGUGUGUGUGUGUG